AUGAACAUGCACAUUUACUAUGCAAUCAGUCCUAUUCAUGGAGUAGAGUUGACUGCCAAGCAGAUGAAACUCUUAUUCACAACGAAUGUAGGAAAAUCCAUUAUCGAUAUAAACGACAAGGAAUCUCCGGAUCAGGGAGAGUGGGCGAUUUCUGUUCCUUUAACACUGACUGUCUUACUGUAAGCGAUAAUUUACUGGAUUUAAAAAUUGUUUUUAUAAUUUAAUUAAAAUUUACAGGGAAUGUUUUGCUCAACUGGCACUUGCACUUGUCUCAGUAAUUUCGUGGCCAUUCAAGGAUAUUGUUAUCUAAGUAUGUUAUCCUUUACAGUAUUUAACUUGAUUCAGAAAAAAACCCCGGCGAAUCUGGAUGUCAUUAUCCAGAACAAUGUAGUGCUGUAUGGCCUGAAAGUCGAUGUGAAAAGAAUCGAUGUGAGUGUCCAGAAGAUGUGAAUGGGAUCCAUUAUGUGAUGUCCAAGACCCGAGAUGGAGUAGUUUGUAUUUUAAACUCUGGAGAAGAUGGAGAUCCGGUCCCCAAAUGCCCCCUUCCUGAAUAUGACGACGAUCUCCUGACGAUGCCGGUCUCCCAAUUACGUAAUGCAGCCAUGACAGAUCCGGACGAUCAAGAAGUGCAGAUGGGAGAACACAUUAAUCCCCUGCAGUUCUGCACUUCUUCUUCCACAGAUUACACAAAUUUUAUGGCCAAUGGUGGAGGGGCUUGCGUGUAUGGGCAAGAGCCUUUUAACAGUGGAAAUGGUAUCUUCAUUGGGGAUGUCUAUGAUUGCGUGACAGCCCCUCAGGCCAUGAGCAGUGUGAAGGGAGCCAUGGAAGGAGUUUACGACAUCCAUCCUUCAGCUGAUGGUAUCUGCUGUCCGAACAGAGGUGGGAAUACGGUGUGCGGUCAUGUUGUUUGUCCUCUUGUUGUCUUAAACUUAUGAAAGAUUCCUCACCCUUUCAAUUAUCGUAAAGUGCAAAUAAUGCGCAGUCACGAAAAUAGAGAACGUUUCAAACGAAAUGGAAAUCUAUACCGAGCACCUUAUAAUACGGAGUCUGAGCACAAAACAAAAACCAAAAAUUGCUAAUCAACUUGCGAUUACAGCCUUCACAUGCAUCCAACCAAAAAGGGAAGCCGAUGGUGGAGCUGCAGCGCCCGCUGGAGUCAGACCUCGGUGGUGGUAUAAUGCAGUGACUGGGAUGUGUGAGCAGUUCAUGUGGGAUCCUUGGGAUGAGACCGAAAUGCAAAGUCCCAACAACUUUAAGACAAGAGAGCAUUGUGAAAGUUAUUGCAGAGACAGUAAGUGGUAACGAAAAUUACAAUUGUCAUAAAUAGCCUGCAAAAGAGGCCCUCCUCAAUAUCGAGCUGGCACAAGUCAAAAUGAUGAUGAACCAGUCUCCAAUUGCCAGACAGCCUCUUCUUGCGCCAAUAAUUACGAAUGCACUCCGGUUGGAUCAAUGCAAUUAUGCUGUCCAACAGUCACAUCAAUCUGCUCUGUAGCCGGCGGAAGACCUCAAGAUCAUUCCAGAUCUACUCCAUAUGACAACGGAAUCUCCAUGAAGAGGACUUUCACCAUGACUUACAGUUCGUCCAGUCGGUAUUACUAUGAUCCGGAACAAGGUCGAUGCACGGCUUUCAUUUAUAAUGGAGCACUCGGAAACUUUAACAACUUUAAAUCAUCAGCUGAAUGUGAAUUGUUCUGUGCAAAAUUGCAAUGUACGUACGGAACGCCUUUGAAGAUCGGGAAUAACAAUCAGCGAUGUCAAACGAACACUGAUUGUCCGAGCACCCAUGAAUGUGAAAGCGAUCAUAAUGUCUGUUGCCCUCGACCACGUGAGUUGUAUAAAAAACUGUUUAUUUAUUAUUUUAGAGGCUAUCUGUUCGCAACCGUUGCGGUUAGGAGACUGCAAACAAAGUGUAAGGCGAUAUUGGUAUAACGCAGUAACUCGAGCGUGUGAGAUUUUUGACUACACUGGCUGUCAAGGGAACGACAACAACUUUGAGACGUUACUCGAGUGCCAAAAUACUUGUGAGAAUAUCAUUCCAGAACCCCAAUGCCCUCAGGGCGAUGCCUACAAAGAUUAUCAAGGGAAUUACUAUGUUUGUUCCAACUCUGGUAAUGGAAAUGUUUGUCCAGUCAACUACGAAUGUUACUUUGAUGGAUAUGUGUGGGGAUGCUGUCCAACUAAAGGUAACUAUAAAGUGAUGGUAAGAUUUCCGUACGCCGUCCCACUUUCUUGGCUUCCCAUUGCGAAGGUCGCAAAAGAUCUUCCAAAGCGUGAACUGAUGGAUGAAUAAACUUUAGCUCUAACAACAAGCAACAAAAAAUUAAAAGCUAAACCCCGACGGCACGGCGUACCGAAGUACAGCCAAAGUGAUUAUCAUAGCGUAACUAAACCGUUUAGCAUACACAUGUAGCCUGAGUGCGAAUAAGGGAGUUACGUGUGGAUCCGGAUCAUCCUAUCGAUACUUUUACAACAGCCAAACCCAAGAAUGCGAGAGUUUCCAAUACAAUGGAUGUGAUGGAAACUCCAACAACUUUGCGACUCGGGAUGAUUGUGAAAGCUAUUGUGGGGUUGGAGGAUGCCCGAAUGGAGGUACCCCCGAAAGAAAUGAAUUUGGUCAGCUGAUGGUGUGCUCUUCCACCAAUUCUUGUCCGUCUACUCAUGAAUGCACAUCUGUGACUUCAGGAAGUUCAAUUGUGAAUCGUUGUUGUCCCACUAGAGGUGAGUAUAGGAGGGGUUGAGGGUAACUUCAAAUUUGUUGCUCACCCACGAGUUUCGACCAUACCGAUUUUUUCCUGCAAUAUGAGAACCCAAAACAGGAUAAAACUUACGCAAUAACUAUUAUGCAAUCAUGACACUGAUUCUAUAAAAAAUCACCGGGCCGGCGAGAGGCCCGUCGCCUAAAGCGGGUCUGUCAAAUUUUGCCUGAAAUUUGCCGUAAAAAGCGCAAACCCGGCCCGGUUGCCUUGAGUCGCCUGGCGUUCAUUUUUGUUUUCACGCUGGUAAAUUUUAUCGAUUGGGAUUAUAUGUAUAUAUAUAUUUGGGCGGGCCCACACUUGCGGGCAACCUCUUUGCGGGCAGCUAACAGAACCACGGGGAUUCUCCGAGUAUGUUUGGAAAUAAGCCAAGAUUCGUUUACAACAGGAAAUUCUAACGAUGGAUUUGGCGGUUACAUGUUGCGAAUCAAGUUUUCAAGUGUGUAAGUGGCUUGAAUAGUUACCAUAAGGUUGUGCAAGCAUUUUUAGAGGUUCAGAAACCAUCUUUUUGAAAGCAAACUCUCCUAACUUUGAAAGCGAUGGAUGAAUUCAAUAGAUUCUUUUACUUACCUGUACUAGGGAGUUACCAAUGCAAAAUUUCUGCCGCGAUUACGGUAGGAAAAUCGUCAUUCUUCUAUUUGGUAAAUCUCGGCUGCCAGCAAAGUCGUUACCGCAAGAGUCGUGACGCCUCUAUUUGUAAUAUCUUAAAGUACGCGCUUCCGUAUGACUACGUACACACUUGGCAAAAAUGCAAUAAGCAACAAUUUACCACUGUAGUACCUUUUUAAAUCGUUUUUAUAUGAUAUACACUGCUGGACAAAAUGAUAUGACCACCGCAAUUUUGCGCUGACAAUUUGUCCAUGGUAAAUGAAUUGCUUUAAUAUUUGGUGAAAGUGAGUAUGGAGCAAUGUAACAUGUACCCAAAAAGUAUCAAAGGAUUUCAAAAAGUGCAAGGUGAGUAAAAUUUGCAAAAACGCGAAACCGCCAAAAAUCGGCUGGACAAAAUGAUAUGACCACGUGGUUUAAUUCAAUCUUUUACUAAAUAAACACAAUUUAACAAACAAUCCUAGUAAUGAGUGAUUCCUCCACUGAUUACUAGGACUGGUAUGGGGACACUUUCGGCCAAGUUUAGACGGGUUUGAACGCGUUAAGCCAUGUUUGAUGCAGAGCAACCCAAACUGGUGACUAUCUUCGAUUAACGCUUUCCAAAACUUUUAAAUGACGUUUUUAUCAUGUGAUCUAGACGUGUAAUCACCAGUGCAAGCCUUCGCUUUUCGUACGAACUCCAUGGUGGUCUGGUAGUGUGGAUUCAGCAAACAUCCGGUUACCAUGUCCAGCUUUGGCGACCCAUUUGCUAUUUGACCCUGGGGAUAGAUGUGCUCCUUAGGUUUAAAAUGAAACCCGGAAUAUCUCUAGAAACCGGCGAAGCCAAGAAAAGUCCCCGCAGACACGAUCACAGAUUUUCAGAUGCAACUUUGCCGACCUUCACCUUAUCCAGCAAAACCGAGUUUUUCAAAUGGAUUUUUAGCGAUGCAAAACGGCUUUUAUUCGAUGGCCCAUGUAAUUUUAGAAGCUACAGCACACCUCAUGCAACCUGGGCCAUCAAAUGAACUGUUUUUUGUCGCUAACGAUCCCUUUGAAAAACUUGGGUUUUCUGGUUAAGGGGCAGAUCGAUGCAGUUGCAUCUGCAAAGCUGUGAUCGUGUCAGCGGGGACUUUCUUUGGCUUCGCCGGUUUCUAGAGAGAUUCAGGGUUACAUUUUAAACCUAAGGAGCACAUCUAUCCCCAGGGUCAAAUAGCAAAUGGGUCGCCAAAGCUGGACAUGGUAACCGGAUGUUUGCUGAAUCCACACUACCAGACCACCAUGGAGUUCGUACGAAAAGCGAAGGCUUGCACUGGUGAUUACACGUCUAGAUCACAUGAUAAAAACGUCAUUUAAAAGUUUUGGAAAGCGUUAAUGGAAGAUAGUCACCAGUUUGGGUUGCUCUGCAUCAAACAUGGCUUAACGCGUUCAAACCCGUCUAAACUUGGCCGAAAGUGUCCCCAUACCAGUCCUAGUAAUCAGUGGAGGAAUCACUCAUUACUAGGAUUGUUUGUUAAAUUGUGUUUAUUUAGUAAAAGAUUGAAUUAAACCACGUGGUCAUAUCAUUUUGUCCAGCCGAUUUUUGGCGGUUUCGCGUUUUUGCAAAUUUUACUCACCUUGCACUUUUUGAAAUCCUUUGAUACUUUUUGGGUACAUGUUACAUUGCUCCAUACUCACUUUCACCAAAUAUUAAAGCAAUUCAUUUACCAUGGACAAAUUGUCAGCGCAAAAUUGCGGUGGUCAUAUCAUUUUGUCCAGCAGUGUAGUUCCGGCCUGGGGCCUGAAGUUGAAGGAAGAGUGAUGGUAAGACCCCUGAUCCUUGUGUUUCAGCUUACAUCUGCUCUCUUCCCCCGCAACAAGGAUCAUCCUGCAGUUCAUCAGCUGCUGCCAGAUAUUAUUUUAACAUUGUAACAAAAGAAUGUACUCAGUUUACUUACAAUGGAUGCAGUGGAAAUCUCAACAACUUUGCCACCAUGGAAAGAUGCAACAAUUUCUGUUUAUCGGCAGCGUGUUCGCCCGGGGAUGUAGCUUAUGUAAAUCCGAAUACAAAUCUUCCGUACGAGUGCAAUGCCGCUUUAAGUAACAGUUGUCCCAAUAAUUUCGUUUGCACUUACGAUCCCUUGUCGACGAACAGUGUUUGUUGUGGUGCUACAAGUAUGGGUAAGUAUUGAAUUUUCUGUUUCGUAUUUCUGGUAAUUUUAGAGGUGUGUCCUGAAGGCGAGAAAGCGUACGUGAAUGCAGCAGAUAUGAGUGUCAGAGAAUGCUUGAUCAAUGUCGACGGAAGUUGUCCAUCCAAUUAUUUAUGUCGAUUCAACGCUGGAAAAAAUCGAUAUUACUGUUGUGCUUCUAUUUCUGGAGGUAUGUUUAUUUUGUUUUGGCUACCCGAUAUGUUCGCUCAAAAGCGUUAAGGUCCGGGCAACAUGAUGAAAUCCGUGUUUUCGGGGAAAAAAGUUAGGUCAGGAUUAAUGUUCAAAAUCCUCUUAAAAACAUCCUUCGAGUUGAUCCAGACGGUUUUGGAACUUUAAUUAAGGCAGGUCACAACGACACUGACAAUGGUCACCUAAGUCGUGAGCUUGGUGACGACAUCUAAAGGUGUCAUGAACAUCCUAUUCAUGCACGGAGGUAGCUCUUAAGUAAUUUUAUGCAACCACCUUGAUGCCGCAUCAGGACAUUUCCGGAAUUUGGACACUUCCGGAAUGGCGGAAUAGUGACACUUCCGGAAUGGCGGAACAGUGACACUUCCGGAACCGGGGAAAAAUCAAAGAAGAGGCUUAGACCUGCCAUCUGAACCAUCUGACUGGAUUUAUUGUUAUUAAUCUCAAAAAUUUUGUUAUUUUUUUUCUGAUUGUUACUUUUUUCUUAAGUAGUAGUGUUAAAAAGUAAUUUUUCGAUUUUUUUCUAAAAAUACUCGAUUUAGGGGUUUUCAAGGUUGCUGAUUUCGAAUAUCGGGUUCAUUUUUUCUGAACUUUACUAGUUUUCCUUAAGCAGUAGUGUUAUAAAGUAAUUUUUUGAAAAUUUUUUAAGAAUACUCGAUUUAGGGGUUUUCGAAGGUGCUGAUUUCGAAAAUCAUGUUAGCUUUUCUCUUUAUAGUACUAUCUGGUACUAUACAGUACGAGGUGAAAAUAUGGCUUUUGGCGUUAAUGGUGUUGUUUUGAUGCUUAGUACUCCUCAAAAACACGUUUUAAAUAACUGGUACUGUUUAGUACUGUCUGGUACUAUGUAGUACAUGGUAAAAAUAGGAGUACUAAGCAACAGAACAACACCACUAACGCCUAAAGGCCAAAUUUUUACCUUGUACUACAUAGUACCAGACAGUACUAAACAGUACCAAUUAUUUAAAACGUGUUUUUGAGGAGUACCAAGCAUCAAAACAACACCAUUAACGCCAAAAGCCAUAUUUUCACCUCGUACUGUAUAGUACCAGAUAGUACUAUAAAGAGAAAAGCUAACAUGAUUUUCGAAAUCAGCACCUUCGAAAACCCCUAAAUCGAGUAUUCUUAAAAAAUUUUCAAAAAAUUACUUUAUAACACUACUGCUUAAGGAAAACUAGUAAAGUUCAGAAAAAAUGAACCCGAUAUUCGAAAUCAGCAACCUUGAAAACCCCUAAAUCGAGUAUUUUUAGAAAAGAAUCGAAAAAUUACUUUUUAACACUACUACUUAAGAAAAAAGUAACAAUCAGAAAAAAAUAACAAAAUUUUUGAGAUUAAUAACAAUAAAUCCAGUCAGAUGGUUCAGAUGGCAGGUCUAACGAGCCUCAUCUUUGAUUUUUCCCCGGUUCCGGAAGUGUCACUGUUCCGCCAUUCCGGAAGUGUCACUAUUCCGCCAUUCCGGAAGUGUCCAAAUUCCGGAAAUGUCGUGGUGCCCUUGAUGCCCGAUCCGCCCCAAAUAAAGGAUUGCGUUUGUAUUGAUUAAUAUUCUAAUCUUUCCAGAUCUCUGUCCCGUUGGCAAAGCACUUUACCGAGAUCCUUCGUCUAAGAGUGCCGUUCGUUGUACGAUCAGUAGUAGUAGUCAAUGUCCCACUGGCUUCUCAUGUCAAUCAGAUAUUCCUGGCGCUUUCCAAGGGCAUUGUUGUUCUGCCAGUUAUCUCUGUCCAAAUAAGGCCGACUUUUUCAUCGAAGAAAGCUCGCAGAUGCCGCGGUCAUGCACGGUGGGAGCAUUUAUUACUUGUCCCAAUGGAUAUACAUGUCAAAGUACACAGUCGGAGUUUACAACCGGUCAUUGUUGCAAAGGAGAUAUUAUUUCUGUGUCCGGUAAGUAAUACCUUCGUUUUUUACAAUUGAUUCUCAGAUGGAUGCCCGCCAAAUGAAUAUGUGUUUAUGAAGGAUGGGCAGAUAGCGACUUGUGAUCCUUUUAAUCCCCCCAAUGCUCCUUGUCCUUCUGGUUAUUCAUGUCAAUGGUCUUUAUCCAAUCAGAGAUACCAAUGUUGUGGUGCUACGGCAAUCACAACUCCCAAGUCUAUGGCCGCAAUGGGAUGUCCGAAUAGUCAAGUUGCCUUCAGAGAUCCCUUGACCAGUUCUCCGAAGAUCUGUACGGCUGCUGCUCAGAAUUGUCCGGUCGGUUACUUCUGUCAGUUUUCUACGACUAACAACCAAUUCCAAUGUUGUGGAAUGGAUGGGGGAUGCCCGAAUGAUCAGGUUGCUUUUAUUGGGAUCAGUGGGGAACCUCAGACUUGUGCCAUUGGCCAGAGCACGUGUCCCAAUGGAUUUUCUUGCCAAAGAACUAUCAGCGGACAACAGAUUUGUUGUACCACGGGAAUCCCGAGUAAGUGAUCAAAUUAAUGAUAACAAAAUCAUCUUUAGCGUGUGGUGAUAAUCAAGUUAACGUGGAUGGAGUCUGUCUUAACAAGGCUUUGUUGGGAGACACAUGUGUCUCUCCCCUUCAGUGUCCCGAGAUGUCGACUUGCGAAGAAAGUAAAUGCGUUUGCCAAUCUGGAUACGAAGAUAUCGAUUCAAUUUGUGUGAAGGCCUGUGAUGAAGAUGAACUAAGAAUCCGGGGAGUCUGUUUGAAGAGGGUUCGGAUCGGCGAAGGAUGCGAAGAUUCUCAGCAAUGCCAAGGAGGGUCAAGUUGUGUGGAUAACACUUGCAUCUGCCCUGAAGGAAUGGAAGAGAGUGAUGGAGUUUGUAUCAAGAAGAUGAAACGCCCAAAGAACAGUAUGGAGAGUAGCGAGGCACCUGGCUUCUGUCCUAACCGUGAUCAAGAGCCUUAUCUCGAGGCUCGAACCAAAAAGUUACGGUUCUGUUCUCCUUCGAAGAAAGGGGCUUGUCCGCGAGCUUACACAUGCCAAUUCUCCCCUGCAUUGAAGAAAAAUAUUUGUUGUGGAAGGAGUCGACGGGGAGCUGUGAUUAGUGGCGGUGUUCGUGAAAUUGUUCAGACAGCUGUGAGUAUCCGACCAACAGGAAAUGAGGGAGGCGGUAAGAAUUGACUACGUAAUCAUUAAAUGAGUCCUGUUUAUUUCCAGGAAUUGGUCCAAUUGCCCCUCUAUCAGUCAGCACAAAUGAAGUGUGUGAACAGGGAGAGCCUUAUAUGUUAGGGGGAAUCCCUCAGACUUGUACCUCUUCUGUUUGUCCCCAGAAAUACAAGUGUAUAUUUUCGAAGCGAGCCAAGAAUUAUUUCUGUUGUUCGAAAGAGAAUGUUGUUGUUCAAGGAGCUCAUGGAUGUCCCAGUGGUACGGCCUUACUGUUCCCGUCAACAGGAACGCCUGUUCAGUGUAGUCCUGAGGGUACCAACUCUUGCCCAAGUGGCUUUGAAUGUCUGAAAAAUGUGAAUUCCGGUGCUUUUCAAUGCUGUUCUGCUGAGGCUCAGGCUUUCAAAAAGUAUAAGAAGAAACGUGAGUAAUAACAUUAUGUUUUUGUGGGGAGUAAUGAGUGAAUCGGUUGAUGCGAUUGCUUGCAGAUUGCCCAUCCAACCAAGUACAAGUUCGUCGAGUCAUCAAGGGCCGUGUCGUGAAGCGCUGCGAAUCCAGAUGUCCUCCCAAACAAGUGCCCGUGCGGGGCGUUUGCCGCGAUCUCAACCGACAGAAACAGCUAGCCGAGAAGGAAAUGGCAUGA